CCUUUCGGAUUGUUUUGGGACUUUUCAUUACUCUGUGACGAAUGAGAUUUGGCGCUUGUUUUCGCGGUGUUUACAAAACUGCGGACAAUGAAUGAGACAGAAAUUUACAGUAUUACUGAUCUGAACUCCCCUCCAGCUAAAUUACAGAGGAGAGAAGAUGGUAAUAGCCACUACCAGUUUAUACCUCUGCCCUUACCAGAUCAGAUCUUCAUUUUUACAUUGGGAGAAUGGACAAAAUCACAGCAAUGUAUAGAGGCUACCAUUACCUACAAAGAUGAACCACUACAGCUUGGCAAAAUAACCAGAAACCAAAGAUGUUUGUGCUGGGAAAGAAGAAUGAUGAAGAAAGGUAGCAGUAAUGUAUUCUCAUCUGAACAGAAUGGUCUAGCUAAACUAGUGUUGGAAGUUCAGAAUCGACAGACCAGUUUAGAAUCAGCAGAUGAUUCUAUCAUAAAACAGGAAGAAAAUGAAGAUACGCCAAAAGUUCAUGUAAAUCAUAAUAAUGAAGAAAACAACAAACCGGUGAAACAGAAACGUAGAUCAAGUCUGACAAAAUCUGACCAAACACCAACAGGACCCUCAUCAAAGAAGCCAAAGACAAGAACAAGAAAUCUCAAAACCAAGUUAAACAGCUCAGUUACUGAAGUCAAUAUGGAAGAGAAGGAAAAUAUUUCACAGACCAGAAUACCUUCUCCACUUAAACUGAGUCUUUCUCCGAUUAGUAAACCAGUUGUUACCAGUAAACCCACACUGGCAACUUGUAAAGAUGUUACUAGUCGAGCACCACACCCCAGUAGUAGAUGGGGCCACAGUUUCUGUAUGGUACAUGACAACAUGGGCGUUUUGAUUGGUGGACAAGGUGAACGGCAGCAAACCAGCAAAGAUUCAGUGUGGUCUUUAGAUCCAGUGACGAGAAAAUGGAGAGACCAGGAAAUUACCAGUGAGAUACCAAACCAAAAACCAGAAUAUAGAAUGGGACAUACUGCAACCUAUGACCCUACACUCAGAUGUGUAUAUGUGUAUGGUGGAUCUAAAAACCUCAAAUGGUUCCAUGAUGUCCACAUGUUAGAUGUAGAUGAAUUUAAAUGGCAGCUUUUAAAGGUGGCAGGAAAAGCACCAACAAGAGCUUAUCAUAGUGCUACUCUGUAUCGUAAUGAGUUAUGGAUAUUUGGUGGAGUAUACCCCCGACCAGACCCUCAGCCUGAUGGUUGCAGUAAUGAAGUACACAUCUUCAGUCCCGUUCUUGAAAACUGGUAUGCACCUAUAGUCAAUGGAGAGAAGCCACUACCAAGAUCAGGACAUUCAGCAACUUUAAUUGAUGACCAGCUAGUCAUGUUUGGAGGUUGGGAUGCCCCAUACUGCUACAAUGAUCUUUAUAUACUAGAUAUGAGUAUUGUGGAAUGGGCGAAACCAAAAGUUAAUGGAACACCCCCAUCACCAAGAAGUUGGCAUGCUUCCUGUGCUUUGAAAGGAAACAGAAUAAUGAUACAUGGUGGCUAUGAUGGUGAUCUGGCACUGGAUGAUUUACAUAUCUUCACACUUGCUACAUCAUCCUGGAUGAAGAUAAAACUGGAACCCAGUCCAAUACCUCGAGCUGGUCACCAGGCCAUAUGUCUGCCAUACAAUCAUGAGAAUGAAGAACAGGAUGAGGUACUGAUAUUCGGAGGAGGAAACAAUGACGGGAACUUCUUCCACGAUCUGUUGUCGGCUAACAUUCCAUUCAAUCCUAUAGAAGAUCAGUCAGUCCUAACCGAUGCCAUUCAGAAUUCAUAAAGUAACUGUAUUUAUUUGUGUUUAUAUGCAGUAAUUGCGUAUUUUAUCCAUUUGUAUAUAAAGAAAUUAUGUAUAUGAAUCAGAUGCUGUAUUAUUUUAACCUUAGAUAUUAUUAUUGAAAUUAAUCAGGAGUUGUUAUUAGGCCAUGCAAUAAAGUUAUAUGUUAAAAAUAGCAAUACUAAGUAAAAUGAAAUUGAAUUUACAAUAAAUUUUGUUAUCGAUUGUAGAUUUUGGUUUUCAGAGAAUGACAUUAUGACAUUGUUCUUUCAUGACUUUAUGUGUCAGUGUUUUGGUAUAAGUUGUGUUCGUUAAAGGAACACUAUGUCAUCAUAUGUUUUGUGCAUGUUUAUCUAUGUAAGUACCAAUGACACUGGAACUCAAAUAGAAAAGUUGAUGAUUGAUGACAAAAAUUUCAGAGUCGAAAAUUUAAUUGAAACUUUGAAUAGAUUUUAGAAUCAUUAUCAUGAAUUUGAAAAUAUUGUAUAAUUAUUUAUUUUGAAGUGUUUUGAUCUUCCUGAACCUAUUAUGUUGAAAUAUUAAUAACAUCAUCAUUAUUAACCAUAUGAUCUUAUGAUCUGUCUUCCUUGUUAGUAUAUUUCAGUAGUAAUAAAAUCUGUUAAACAUU